AUGGCUCUCAGGAGAAGACAGGAAACCAGAGCAAUUGUCUCAGAGUUCAACCCUUCAGUGUCCAGCACUGUGACAGAAGGAAGUGAAAAGCUCUCUGGAGAUGGAGAAGAUCCAAAUCCAGAGGAGCCUGAGCCCAGCAAGCUGGACGACCAACCACCCUCACUCCCUCCAGCAAGAUUCUGUCUUAGUGAUGGCUCUGGGGACGAAUCCAUCUGUGGAGAAAGCCCUCCUGAGCCUGACAGAAUGGAGGAGGAUUCGCUGUCUGAGUAUGACAAUGUAGGAUCUGGGGAGGAGGAAGAAGAGGAAGAGCAUGAUUAUGAGGAAGAUGAGGAGCUGCAAACUGAAGCAGACAGGAUGACUUACUAUGUCCACUGUUGUCCUGAGGAUGAGAGUUACAUGGAAGGAAUGGACUGCCAUGAAGGAGCAGACAGUGCUGAGUGUCCCACCACGUCCCGGGACAUCAGAGAGAGCUGUAAAGCAGAAGAGGCUGGGGGGCACUCGGAAGGCUUUUACAAAGUAGUGCAGCAAGACAAGACAACGUUGGUCUACAAACGACCAGAGCCUAUCACGGAGACAACCUUUGUGCAAGCCCCUAUGGCUGAAGAUGAAGAGGAUGAAGUGGAGACAGAGGAAGAGGUGGAAGAAGAGGACAGUGAAGAAGACGAUGGGUAUUUCCCCUAUGAAGGGAAAAAAACAGAGGAGAACAAUAAUAAGAUCCGACACGAAGAUGAAUAUGACUUUCCAAAAGACAGCAGAAGUUGUUCCCAAGAAUCCAGUAGUGCUAAAUUUGGACAAGAAAAUGAUACAAUAAGUGACUACAGAAGGAACCAGGACUUCCCCAAAAACCAAAGAGAUGUUACUCCAGGGUCAAGUUGUAGUCUUAGGUAUGGAUUGGAAAGGGUUAGGGAAGAGUAUACUAAAGAUUUUCCAAAAGAUUGUGAUGUUUCAGUGGCCAGAGGAGGUACAGGAGACCUUAGACAAAGCUCCAUGUAUGGAGGACAUACAGUUCAGAGGGUACACAACAGAGACACCGCUUACCAGGAGGGUAAUGGUGUCACUGAAAAAAUGAAAUGUGCAGAUCCAGAGGACAGAGGGGCUUGGAAAAAACAGUAUUCUUUGAAAAACUCUAGAGGGGACAACAGGGACAAAGAUGUGGAACAUUUACACAAGCAAAGUAAAAGUCCUGGAGACAGCAAAAUCAAAGGACAUGAGCGUCCAUUUUGUAGUCACAAACCGAAGGGUGAAAGAGAGAGGCAAAGCUGUGGGGAUGUUGAUGAAGAUAAAAUUGAGAACCAAGUUAAGGCCAAACUGAAAGUUAUACCACAAAACUCAUGGAGGGACAAAGGUGCACCUCAACAGACGAAUGAUGGGAGGGGGGCUCCUGACAGUUCUAGGGCCUCUGCAACAUCAUUAUGCAGGAGAAACAGCCAACCCAGAGCCAAUAUUAACACACCUAUACAGUUCCCAGACAAACAGCUCCAUAAAGACUUGCCCAAACCUACUGAAGAAAAGAAGACAAGGCCUAGUCAAGAACAGGUUUCUCAAAGUAGUCAUGAUGACAGCAUUACAGAUCCACUAUCUGGACUAAAGAAAUCUACAAGUAACCUAACCCUGCAAACCCAGAGAAAUCCCUCUUUCCCAAGCUUUGUGGAUAUCCCUGGUCCAUGUGAGCCAGAGGAUCUCAUCAAUGGAAUCAUCUUUGCUGCAAACUACCUCGGGUCGACCCAGCUGCUCUCUGACAGAAACCCAUCUAAAAGUGUACGCAUGAAACAAGCGCAGGAAGCUGUGGACUGUGUGAAGUCUGUAGAAGGGGAAGCUCAGAGCUUGACAGAGGUCGACCUGUACAUCUCAACAAAGGCAAUCAAGGUGCUCAAUGCUGACACACAGGAGACGAUGAUGGACAACGCCCUCCGCACCAUCUCAUUUAUCGCAGACAUCGGCAGUGUGGUGGUUCUGAUAGCUCGCAGGCGUCUGCCUAACUCUUCCUCACUCAACUGCACAGAUUCAGGCCUCAACGCAGAGAGUCGCAAGCAGUAUCGCAUGAUGUGCUACGUGUUUGAGUCAGAGGAUGCCCAGUUCAUCGUUCAGUCCAUCGGUCAGGCAUUCAGCAUGGCCUACCAAGAGUUCCUGCGAGCCAAUGGGAUCAACCCCAAAGACCUAAGCCAGAAAGACUACAGUGACAGCUUGAACACACAGGAGAUGUAUAAUGAUGACCUCAUCCAUUUCUCUAAUUCGGAAAACUGUAAAGAGGUUCAGCUAGAGAAGCAGAAAGGAGAGAUACUUGGUGUGGUGAUUGUGAAGUCGGGCUGGGGCUCCAUCCUGCCCACCGUCAUCUUGGCAUGCAUGCUGAACAACGGCCCUGCCGCACGCUCGGGCAAACUCAAUGUGGGCGAUCAGAUCAUGGCUGUCAAUGACACCAGCCUGGUGGGCCUGCCCCUCGCCACCUGUCAGGGCAUCAUCAAGGGUUUAAAAAAUCACAUGCAGGUAAAACUGAGUGUGGUGACUUGCCCACCUGUUACAACUGUCCUUAUUAAGAGACCAGACCUGCAGUACCAGCUUGGCUUCAAUGUUCAGAAUGGCAUAAUCUGUAGUCUGAUGCGAGGUGGGAUUGCAGAGAGGGGAGGGGUGCGUGUCGGCCACAGAAUAAUUGAGAUAAACGGACAGAGUGUGGUCGCUAUGGCGCAUGAGAAAAUCGUCCACGCCCUGUCAGUAUCUGUAGGAGAGAUUAAUAUGAAAACUAUGCCAGCCGUCAUGUUCAGAUUGUUAACUGGCCAAGAGACUCCAGUGUACAUCUGAGAAAUCAUAAAAAUGGGAACUUUUGCUGUGUGUUAUAAAAAAAAUGUACAGCUCCUUCUAAAUGACAGAAAUAUUGCUCAUGUUCAAGAGCUAUGUCUUGCUUAAUGUGGCUGUAAACUGCAUGUAAAGAUGUAUUUUUCAUUACAAAGAGCAAAAACGCACACAUUCACACCCACACAAAGGAAACUUAAAGUUAUAGUUCACCCAAGAAUCAAAAAUCUGUCAUUAAUAAUUCACACUUAUGUUGUUCCAAAUUUGUUUUUCAAAGAACACAAUGAAAUCGUACAAUGAAAGUGAAUGGUGACUGAGGCUGUAAAGGCCCCGGCACACUCACGGCAAAGUGCUUUUUCGCUCAGAGCCAAUAAUGUUUGUGAACAUUCAGACACCUGCCACAGUGUUGUGAGAGGCGUUCGGAGGAGAAUCUAAAUAUGGGGAAACUCAAGACUAGCCUACAUUUAAAACUUCAACUAAAAUGACAGAAAAAAAAAGUGUUAUCAAUGUCUAAGUAGAAUUCACACGAAAUAAUUAAGAAGCUGUUUUAACUACUCUAUGAUAUUUAAAAUAAUAUACAGUAUAUGCAUUAGAUAAUGUGUAAUUUGUAAUGUUUACCUUGUGCAUUCAUGGUGCUUAUGCGAUAACACGCUAUACUACAUAAUAUGCAACGACUACACUCUAGUUGUUGUCACGCAAGGCUUUAAGCACACACAUUUUUUUCAGACAACGCAACAAACCAGGAUAUGAUGUCACGUGGGAGGCCUUCUUGUGUAAGUAAAUAAUAAAUCACAAAUAACAAAUAUUAUAUUACAAAUGUUAAAAUAUAUUGUCUUCUCACUUUCCUGCAAAAAUAAUUAUCGCAGCUUUGAAAUAUGUAUCCUUUGAAUUGAGCCAUGAGGACAGGGUAUGAGGUUUUGAUCUCCUAUUGCUCGCGCAUCCUCUUUUUCGUACAAAUUCACAGUUCAGAGUUCACCAAGCUUGAACUUUGGUAUGCAGCUUAGUUCGAAAUUUCUUCGCAUGAGCUUGCGUUUCCGCUCUGCUGCAUUUGUAUGCGUUUGAAUGGGAGUGAAUGGAGCACAAAGUAGAGUGUAACCACCCCUUUCUGUUAUUGUAAUUUGUGAUGACACUGAUACUACUGCAAAGAUGGGUGUAGAAAAGAGUGCUAAUGGGUAGAAUACAGACAAAAGAAUAAUGAUAGGCAUAUCUCACUUUGGGAAAAUGUGUGUGUGGCUUUUGGCUGCAGACGACACAUGAGUGAAGCAGCGUAUCAAGCAACAAAGUGAAUGGGCACUUAAGAGUAUUUGAGUAGAUUUGAUUCAUUUUGUAGACUAAUUAAACAAAAAAAAUCACGUGACAUGGAAAAUGUCUCUACGUGAACAAUCGUACAUAUGUAGGUAAGUUUGCACCAGCUCGCUAUUAAGUCUGCACGCUAGUGUGUUCAUGUUGACAGAUCUUAACUCACUGAACAGGAAUUAGCUGUUGGCACCAAAGUAGGCGGAGCUCCAGGUCAAAGUUUUCCUGAAAGUUCACCCUGGCAAGCUGUUACAAACCACUGAAUGAACAAAACCUUAGUUUUGGCCAAAUUUGUUCUAAAUGACGUCACACCCGUUUGUUCUUCGAUUUCGUGUGCAGGGGCCUUAAUUCUAGAACAUUUAAUUUUGUGUUCAUCAGAAGAAAGAACAUCAUAUGGGUUUGGAGCAACAUGAUGGUGAUUAAAUAAUGACCUUUUUUUUUUUUUUUGGACUAUUCCUUUAAUAACAUAUUUUUAUCAAAUGAGUGCUGUUACUUGCCUAUUAGAGAUUUAUUUUUGGAAUGCAGUUACCAAAUAUACUUGCUUGCAAGACUAGACAUCAUUGUUUAUCCAUUAGUUUGUAUAUAUGUUAUAUAGCUUUGGUUCAAGCCUUUCUGAAUUUUUCUGUGUACCUUAAAGUAACAAAAGUACUUUUAAAUUAACAUAGAAAAGCAUUAAAUCUGGCUAGUUCCGUUUUUUUUUUCAGCACUAAACAAGUUCAGCAUUGUGUAAAUAUUUAAGUGACUGCACUUGAAGUUAAUAACUAGGUAGGUCAGUCACUUAUGAUCUAAUUGAUAAAGUAGACCCUUAUCAAUACAUUUAAUUAUUUGACACCCCAAAGAUUAACAAGUGACAAUGCAUGCUAAAAUCCAAAGACAGCUGAUUACAUUUGCUAAAGAGGCUGCAUAUUUGUUAUUUUGGCUGAUUUUAGUGUCUUAUGAAAAAUUAGCCAGCUGUGGGAUUGUAGGUACCACACACUGUGAAUUAAACUUUCUGUAGAUAACUAGUUUAGCAUGCUUGAUAUGCAGUGAAACUAGGAUGAGCUGCGCUCAUGUUUAUGCAUGAUAUGAUGAUUAAAGAUGGAAUAAGUUUGAAUGGACAUUGCCUAAUGAAUGAAACCCCAUCUGAAGGUCAGAUAUGAUGUUAUAAUUUUGAUUAACUUGAGUACGAAGAUAUGAUUUUAGUUUUUUCUUUUUUUGUCAAAAUAUUAAAUUCUAACUGAAAAAUGUUACUAUGCACAAC